AUGGCGAAAGCACUGUCCUCGCCAGUUGCUACAGUGUUGAAUCGUCGACCUCCAAGGUUCACGGCUUCCACUACUGCACUACGCUGGGCGCCGGAGUACAGUGGUAUCCCUGAGGUCCCCUCAGGGUCUAAAUCAGCUCUUUUAAGUCCUCCCCUCGAUAUCCCCGCUUCCAGCGCGGAAAGAACCUGGCCCGGCAAUGGCUGGCCAGAGUUCAGAGGGGAGGCAACACAUACCAUCCCGGAAGAGUGUGAGAGACUCUUCUGUGACAAACUGUCUACGACAUUCCUUGGUGAGGGGAGUUUCGUGCGACAGGAGUCGCUGGGGAUGGAUGUGUUCCAAAAUAUCCCAAAUCAAAUCGGACAAGGGCAUGAUCGAAUCCAGCGAUGGAUUGAGGUUUGGGACUACUCUGGCGAUGCGAUAUAUCGAGGAUUCGUGGCCGAGAACAACGGGGAGCGCACCCUUUUCGUCUUUUUCGAGGACCGUGCACUUGACCAAGGCCUCAAAUCAGGACUAAUCGCUCUUUUCGAGCUCGCCGAUAUGACUACAUUUGGGUGCUCACAAAUAGUCGCGUGUGUUGGUCGCUCCGAACGCACUGAUGCAAUGGAGCUCGUCCGAAGUCUAGGGUGGUGUGGAUUCAGCCUUACGACCUUAGAACCGUGGAUGUCAAGUGGUGACCAGGGAGUCCCCAUCAGUGACAAGUGGCUCUUCUUGGUCGCUGAAGUCUAA